AGGCAAACGCCCUACCCGCUGUGCUAUCACUCCAGCCCCACGUGAAGCUUUUUAAGAGAAGGCGGGUUAGAAUUAACAUGACACUGGUGGAGACUCUUGGGCACCUUCGUUGUGGCGGGUGUGGUAAAACUCGUACAGUGAAACUGCAAACAUUAACACUAUUGUAAACUAAUACAUUAAAUUGUAAAAUAACAUCUUUAGUAAUUGUAGGAAGUGGGGGUAUUACAAAAUAAAAACAGCUCCAGUUGUAUCUUGCAAUGCUUAUGUUGGUUUCCGUUCCUUCAUAUCAUUUAUGUAACUUUAUCAAAAAUAAUUUUUCAAUUUUUUCCCUCCAAGACAUCAAGAAAUCAGUAAUGUUUCCUUGAGUUUGCUUCUGUAUUUGCUUCAUCAAUGUCUCUCAUCCUGAAUAUCUUGAGAGAGAUGCUGGAAUAUUUUGGUGUUCCCAUAGACCAGGUUUUGCGUGUUUGGGAAAAUAAAGACUAUGGAUCAGCACGGAGCAUUGUUCGUAUUAUUGGGAGAAUUCUUCCAUUAGAACCUUGUCCUAGGCCUAUUUUUGAGUUGACCCCAGUCUCGAACUCUGUAGGCUCGGGUAACUAUGGAUCUGUAGUUCCAUCUUUUGCUGAUAUUUCGUGGGUGGCAAAUGACGAAGAAGCCAGUUAUUUCAGCGUUCGGAAUUGUAGAUGGAAAAAUGAAGAGAAGGAAAAAGUGGAAGUAUUCCAUUCUUCACAAGUAGUUUGGGAUCCAGUGCCACCAGCUCUAAGACAUAACAGCUCAAUGACAAAUAGUCGGCCUGCAUGUGAUCCUGCAAUUGAAAAGAUAGCUGUCCUUGAAGAAGAGCUGACUUUCCUCCGCUCUCAGAUCGCUGCCCUUGUGAGCCUGUCAGAACUGAAACGCAGCCCACGUGCCGACUCCUUGGACUUGGAUGAUGGACCUGAUGGCUUGGGACUGACGCCACCGUCAGAGGCUGCUCCACCAAGUGUUGCACCAGAUCCGUUUUCACGUUCACUGUUUCCUUCUCCUCCUCCUCCACCUCCACUGCCUCCCUGCUUCUCUUCUCUUCAGUCUCCGUCCUCUGCUUCUGAUAAUGUAUGCGACUCAGAUAGCUCAGCAACUGAAACGAAGAAACACCAGCCAGGUGCCAGCAAGACCAAUCAUAGUUGCUCCGAAACUCAGAAAAGCAAAGAUGUUCCAAGUAUGCUGGAUGUGCUGAAGGAUCUGAAUAAGGUUAAGCUCCGUGCUGUUGAACGGUCACCUGGAGGUAGACCCAUUCAGAAGAGGAAAAGACCAAGUUCACACUGGGAUCCAGUGUCUGUAAUCUCUCAUGCGCUUAAGCAGAAAUUUGCAUUUCAAGAAGAGGAUUCUUUUGAGAAAGAAAAUAGGUCUUGGGAAUCUACUCCAUUUUCUAGCCCAGAGAUUUCUAGGUUGGGACAUCACAUCUUGCAGCCUGAAGCUCAGUGAACUCAAGAAAGAACCGAGAGACACAAGAAGAGCUGGCCAGGGUGUGGGCAACCCGUGCCAGGGAAAGGUGGCAUCUGUGGGCAAAGCUCCUCGUCUCUGAAUGGAGUGAAAGGCGCUGUGUGCACUGGGCCAUCUCGGCGUGGGGCUUCUGGACGUCUGACGCCCUUCAGAGAGCCUGGGAGAGAGCUCAAGAGGCUGAGCACAGGGUUUGCAUGUAGGAGGCCGGGCUGUGACCCUGGCACCUCAUGCUGUGUCUCAUGUCCCAUCAUUGCUGUCUGUGUCUUUCCCCACGCCCCAUCAGUGGCUCCCCUCAUCAAGGCACAUCUGGCUUCCUCCAAAGCCAACCCCACCCAAAAUUCACUAAUGAUAGAAUUUGGAUUUUUUUUCCUGGUAUAUGUUAAUGUGAUUAGAAGCUGAAUAUUCUUUGGAUGGUUUUCCUAAGAACUAAAUAGUAAAUGGCUCUUAGGCAACGGAAGGACCCUACUAUAAGGUAACAGAAACCAUUUUACUGGACUAAGAAAUGAAUAUAAAACUACUCAGAAACUAAUAGUGUAAUUAAAUUUUCAAAUAAUUCACUCAGGAUGGGGUUUGGGUUGUUACACUUGGCUAUGCGCAGGAAUCACUUCUGGCCCAGCUCAGGGGACUAUAUGCCAUGCUGGGGAUUGAAUCUGGGUUGCCUGUGCAAAAGGCCAGCACCUUAGCUGUUGUGCUGUCUCUCUGGCCCUUAAGAAUAAUUUAUUAAACCAAUUAUAAUCCUAAUUUAAAAGUCUUCGAACCAUAGAAAUUGGCAAUUGGUUAUGAUCUGCUUUGCUUAGCCUCCAGGAACUUGUAGAUUUUCAAAGAAUAUGCAAAUUUUAAUGGUUUUAUUAAGACAUUUAAUUUUAAAUUUUUUUUGUUUUUUGGGCCACACCUGGUAGUACUCAGUGCUUACUCCUGGCUCUGUGCUCCUGGGUCACUCCUGGCAGGCCUGGGGAACCAUAUGUGGUGCUCGGGAUUGAGCCUGGGCUGGCUGCAUGCAUACAGAUAUAGCUCCCACUGUUCUAUAGCUCCAGCCCCUCUUUAAGAUAGUUUAAAUCAUAUAGAUUGAGUCUUCUAAAAAUUCUUACAAGGUGAUUCUUAGGAACUGAUUUUGACUGUUAAAGAGUGUUAAGAGUAUUUAAAGAGUGUUCUUAAGAAC